GAAGAGAACCACAUCACCCUCAGAGGAAGGAGGAACCACACCCACCCAGCUGACGGAGCCCUCCUAUUGGACCAGCCAGGUACACAAGUAUCAGCUGCUGCUGCCUUUUCCCUCAUCUUGUCCACAAGACCAGAGAAGAACUCCCGAGCGGUCCCGAGGGCAAAGCGCUGAAACGGGGACGAGCAUGUCACGCUGGGGGCGCAAGAACGUGAAGAAGGCGCCGGAGGUGAUCCGCACCGUCACCGAGGGCCUCAAGUCCUUGUACCGCAAGAAGCUCCUCCCGCUGGAGCAGUAUUACGGCUUCCACGACUUCCACUCGCUGAGCCUGGAGGACGCCGACUUCGACAACAAGCCCAUGGUCCUGGUGGUGGGCCAGUACUCCACCGGGAAGACCACCUUCAUCAAGUAUCUGCUGGAGCAGGAGAUCCCCGGGAGCCGGGUGGGACCCGAGCCCACCACCGACUGCUUCACCGCCAUCAUGCACGGCGAGGUGGAGAGCGUCAUCCCCGGGAACGCCCUCAUCGUGGACCCCAACAAGCCCUUCCGGAAGCUCAACCCCUUCGGGAACACCUUCCUCAACAGGUUCCAGUGUGCCCAGAUGUCCAACCAGGUCCUGGAGAGCAUCAGCAUCAUCGACACGCCCGGCAUCUUGUCAGGCGCCAAGCAGAGAGUCAGCAGAGGCUACGACUUCCCAGCCGUGCUGCGUUGGUUCGCCGAGCGCGUGGACCGCAUCAUCCUGCUCUUUGACGCCCACAAGCUGGAGAUCUCUGACGAGUUUGCGGAGGCCAUCGGGGCACUGAAGGGGAACGAGGACAAGCUGCGGGUGGUCCUCAACAAGGCCGACAUGGUGGGCACCCAGCAGCUCAUGAGAGUCUACGGCGCGCUCAUGUGGUCCCUGGGGAAAGUCUUCGGCACCCCGGAGGUCCUGAGGGUCUACAUCGGCUCCUUCUGGUCCGAGCCCCUGAUGGUGUCGGACAACCGCAAGCUGUUUGAGCUGGAGGAGGAGGAUCUCUUCGCUGACAUCCAGAACCUUCCCAGGAACGCGGCUCUGCGUAAGCUCAACGACCUGGUGAAGAGAGCGCGCCUGGUCCGGGUGCACGCUCACAUCAUCAGCUACCUGAAGCAGGAGAUGCCCUCCGUCUUCCGGAAGGACAACAAGAAGAAGAACCUCAUCUACCAGCUGCCCGUCAUCUUCUCCAAGAUACAACUGCAGCACAACAUCUCUGCUGGAGACUUCCCCGACUGCGCCAAGAUGCAGGAACAACUGAUGGUGCACGACUUCACCAAGUUCAAAACCCUCAAGCCCAACCUGAUGGCGGCUUUGGACGAGCUGCUGUCGGUGGACAUCGCCAAGCUGAUGCCCCUCCUACGCCAGGAGGAGCUGGAGGCGGGCGAGCAGCCCGGCGUGCAGGGCGGGGCCUUCCUGGGCACGCGUGCCGGCCCCUUCGGCGAGGGCGAACACUUUGGCGAGGAGGACGGCGAGGGCUGCGAGGAGGAGGAGAUGUGGGUGGUGACCAAGGACAAGCCCAAGUACGACGAGAUCUUCUACAACCUGGCGCCCAACGAGGGCAAGCUGAGCGGCACCAAGGCCAAGGACUGGAUGGUCAGCUCCCGCCUGCCCAACUCCGUGCUGGGUCGCAUCUGGAAGCUGUCCGACGUGGACCGAGACGGCAUGCUGGACGAGGAGGAGUUCGCCUUGGCCAGUCACCUGAUCGAGGUCAAGCUGGAGGGUCACGGUCUGCCCCCCGAGCUGCCCAGCCGCCUGGUCCCGCCCUCCAAGCGCAGGCAGGCGGGCUCGGACGCGUGAACCGCCGCCUCGUCCCACUUCCACCGUUUCCUGUUUGCUCCACGCACCAAAUAGUCGGAGGAGGUCCUCUGCGGCAGUCAUGAGGUUAGCACGUUGGAGCGUCCCGGACCAAAGUCUUAAGUCACAUGAGGUCUGCUGGCUUCUUCUUUCCCCCUGGACACUACAUUAGGCACACCACUAGUUUUGUUAGGGAAUGAACACACAACACAGGUUGUGUUCAACGACAACUUCAUCAUCUUAAUCACCCCUUCAUUGUCUGGAAAUGUUCCCAUUUGUAUCGUUUGUGUCGUAGCAAACUACUUACUUGUUCGUGUUCCCAGAUGUAUUGUUUGUGUAGUAGCAGACUACUUCCUGGUUCAUGUUCCCAAAUUUAAUGUUUGUGUAGUAGCAGACUACUUCCUGCUUUAAGUUCCCAAAUGUAACGUUUGUGUAGUAGCAGACUACUUCCUGCUUUAAGUU